AUUCUGUGGCUAGUAAAGAGCUUUAAUUAUAGCGAGAUAGACAAAAAUAGAUCGCUUUUUAUUUGACAAUGAUGGUCAUGUGUUUGUCAAAUUUUCCUCUGUACCUUCAAGUCAUGUAACUUGCUACUGACAGCUGAGGCAACUAUUUUUAACAUGACCCACAAUCCUGUUCUUUAGAAAGGACUCUUGGAACAAGCCGGGGAAUGUCUUGAGACAUGGUUCCCCCUUUAGGUAAGCCGUUUGGUAACUGUUUAGGUUCUGCUGUCAGUGCUGUCUGCAACCGCUUGCCCUUAAGUAUACAGCAAGGUCUUGCAAAACCAGAAGCUGCUGUUGCACAUUGAAACUGCUUCACAUAAUAAUGAGCCGCUAUAGAAGAUCUGGUCCAAGGCUGCACAGACAUUGUGAGACCUGUUACAGUCGCCGCUGUAAAGCCUCCAUAGAAGUAUCCGUGUCUUGCAUGGUCGUCAACUGCCGCUUGCUUUGUGGGGCCUCCUUCCACAUGUGUAAAGAGGAUGAACACACUCUGCUGUGUCCCAAUGAGAAGGUGCCCUGCCUUAAUGCUUACUAUGGCUGCCCUUUCACCAUGUCUCGCUCUCGGCUUGCCAAACACCUCGAGGUGUGUCCCGCAAGCGUCGUCUGCUGCUCGAUGGAGUGGAACCGUUGGCCUCUUGAGAAUCCAGAUGCCCCCUUGUAUACAAACCUUCUGAAAGAGCUCCACGAGCAAGAAUCACUGGACCUUUCCAUGGCACUGAGAGACCAGAAACAUCUAUGUACCAGGUUGAAAAUGAGAAGGUGCUUUCCUGAGUUGAUGGAGGAACAAGAAGAGGAGCCUGCCCCAGUGGAAGAGUAUGACGAUGAGGAGGGAGCGGUGGGAAAAGAAACUGUGUGUAACGGGAUGCAAGUCAACGGAUAUGGAAGUUCAGGAGGAGGCUUGGUGAAUGGACCAGCUUGUGAGAAAGCUCUGAAAGAAGAUGUGGUCCUCAAUGGUCCUAUUGACAAGGAGAAGUACAAUCUGUUUGAAAAGAUGUUUAGCAUGGAAAUGGGUGGUUGCAGGCAGGCAGAGGCAGAAGCGGAGGUUUUGAAAACAGAAGAGAAGAAAGGGAAUAAAACAUCUUCUAAAGGUUCCUCAAAGUCACAAGGAGCUUCUGCAGAGCCUGAGAAGGAGGAAUCAAACGUAUCCCAUGUGGAUACCUCCAAAACUGGAUUUGCGCCUUGGCAGGAUGGUGUCCUGGAGAGACUUGGGCAGGAGGUGAAACCCAGAGAAUUCAACAUGUACAUAGUGCAUCAUGGACGCAUGUUGAUCUCCUUCGGUCAGAUGGAAGCUUGCACGCCUAGAGAGAAAGAUUUUGUUUAUGGGAGCUUGGAACCAAUACCAGUCCAGACUCUACAUUCUUCAUACAAGGUUCCUAGCAGUUACAGAGAAAAACGCAUUCAGCUUAGAGAAUUCAAUACGAGGGUAAUGACCGAGCACAAGUGCGUUGGCACAUCUGACCUGGAUCUUUCUGAGAAAGAUGGUGGGGAGAUGGAUGAGAUGUUUUCAACCCUACUCUGUUAUGCGGAGACUGAGAUAAGAGGCCACAAAAUAAGCGAAACGGUGCCAAUUGAUGGACUUUAUGUCGAUAUCGCUACACAAACGUAUAAUUUUGCCACAGCCCCCUUCAAAUACAACGCAACUCUGACUGAAAUUACAGCAGGGAGGGAUUUGAAACUUCACGUUGACCUUGAUACGGAAACGGUUACACUGAGACACAACAAAUCAACCUCCACUUUCACGUUCGUGUGUGGCCAUUUCUUCCGAAGGGACGAAUUCGCCUCACACUUUAAGAACGUGCAUCUGGAUAUCCAGUCUUGUCUAAGUGGCUGGUUUGAGCAGAGAUGUCCUCUGGCCUAUCUUGGUUGCACCUUCAGUCAGAGAAGAUUACAGCCGUCCACACACAGGGCUAAAGUCUCCUAUAACCAAGAUCUUAGUAUUUUCACCCUCACGCCUGAGGUUCACACCUCUCUCAUGAGUGAUUCGAAGACUGUUCCAUUAAAGGCAAGUGUCAAAUGUGAAGAUUCUCUCAGUAACCUUCCCUUUGAGGUGCUUUGCUACAUUGCGAGUUACCUGGAUAGUUUCACCCUGUCCCAGCUAGCCUUAGUCUCCCGAUUGUUCAGGGAUAUAUGUGCCACACAUCUGCAGGAGAGAGGAAUGGUGGGCUUUAAGUGGCGUAAGAAGUCAUACUCUCAUGGAGGAGCCCGCUGGAUACCUACCAAAGUCUGGGAGUUCAGUACUCUUUUUAGUAAAGUGGGUAACUGGUGCAUUGGCGACACACCAUCAAUGGCUGAUCACCUGAAACACUGUCCAUUCUACCAAACUGAACUGAAAACUGAGCCUUUUGCCCUGGCCAGUAUGUUUGGCAACAAAGGAAAGGAGAGACACGGUUUGGUUUCUUUGUUUAUGGGACGCAAAUGAUACUGGAAAUUUAUUUAGAAAUUUUGGGUUAAAAUGUAAUAUACCCCAGUAGUAAAAAUUAUUCUGUUUACAGUAUAUUAUGCUAAUAUUUACUUCUAUUAAAUUAUGAACAUACAUAUUUUUCAUUACAAAUAAUAUCAUAUGUAUAACAACUUAAUUUAAAAAUUAUUAUUUCAGUAUGUUGUUGCAUUUUUUUGCUUUAAUGACAGUAGCUGUGUCCACAUUAUCACAUUUACUUUAUGGUUAUUUAUUAAUUAUUUUAUUUCUAGGUUUAAAUUUUGAAUCCCAGAUGUUCAGGUCUUGUGUGUUUGAUUUAUAACUGAAUUUUGCCUUGUAUUCUCUCUGUAAAACUUAAAUUUAGACAAUAAAACU